GCUCAAAAAAGAUCAAGGUCGAGCGAUGGCUGCACCGAAAGAAAAGCGUCACUCACUUACACUUGGAACCAAUAAAUGAACAGGACCAGCAGGACCACAGGACCCCAAAUUGAUGUGUCGCAGAAACGAAAAAGACGCACGAGGUGCGGGAGCUAUGAUUUCUAGCGCUAAAGUGGACACCAGUGAGAAUCCGUGACUAGUUCUUUGAUUCGUGCUAUACGCGGAACGACUUCCAGUUCUAAAGUAUUAUCAGUGUGUGAAAUUCAAAUUUGCAGAGCUUCCUUGUUUAAGUUUAUGUCAAUGCCCUCUGAAAAUGAAAAUCAAAAUAUUGGCGAUUCCGUCGAGAUCGCACACUAGAAUCUAAUUCUUCGCAGAAGUGAAGAUCUUCUUGGCGUGAAAACCUUUCCUUGAAAUGACAAACACAAAACAACAGAACAGUGGCACGGUCUCUAUCAUGAUGUACAUUACGAAAAAUUUACCACAUACCCAUAAAAUUUUCGGAGGUUCUGACCAAAUCAAAACUCCAGGUGUUUAGGUAGAUACAUAAGGUUUUUUUUCUCGGGAUUAUAUUAUUAGUGAUAACGCUAAGGCUAACUUAAAGUUUGAAAUCGGCCACAGAAGAUCCCUUUUUUUUCCGCCAAGUUUUGCGGCCUUUUCGUUGACCCCUUCUUUAAGAAAAAAUUGAAAUUUGUUUUUCCACGACGAUCCUUUACAUGGUGUUAGACUGUGUGCUGCCUACAAAACGGUCCGCAUUGAAUACACUGCCGAUUAUACUGAGUACCCUUUCAUGAUCCCUUCUGACUUUUUAGUUCGUGAUCUUGUGAAUACAUUCGUUUCUACGACCCGAGUCUUGAUACCGGCUUGAUUUUCGGUUCCUGUCCCCGCUAUACUAGUAGAACACCGACAUUGACUUCGAUUUUUCUGUCCGUCUCAGAUUUUUUCCGCUCUGAGUAUCACCUUCUUACGCGAAAGACGUUUUUUAUCACAUUGACAUUUAACUUCUGGUUUUGUACCUCUCAGCGAUUACCCGAAACGCAAACAGCUCCUUGGAGACGGAGCUGUCAAAAGAUGAGCCAGCGAGUUUUUUCUUGACCGGCUGCCCUACAGAACUUCUUGGCGCGGAAGUAGGGAGGGAAGUGCGAUAAAGAUGAAGAACAAAAAGAACAGAUCGCCGACAGUUUUUGCCACCCUGAGAAACUAAGGAGUUUACACAGGACGAGACACCAUAAACACAGACGCCGCCAUGAGCGACGUGAUGGUGGUAGAAGACCAGACGGCGGCGGCUCCGGAUGGAGCCGCUGCCGCCCCCCCACCAACCGCGGAUCCUGGGGCGGGAUCAUUUGCGGAAAACGCUCCCAUUUCGGAAGAACAAGUGCGGAAGCAGAUCUCGGAUCUUAUCGAAGCAAAAACGCCAGUGGAGGAACUCAUAAAACUACCAGAGCCCGUGCGAGACAGCCUCGCGGCAGUGAAGGUACGGUGGAACGUGCUGUUAAUUUUUUUCGCAUGAAGCAUUUUUGUUCGGAUAAGUGGUGUUUGCACUGACUUACUUACAUACAUGCGCAAGAUGUGACUUUUGUUCCUCACAGGUCUAUAAUAUCUACAUCGUUUUUUUACCUUUUCCUUUUCCUACUUUUUUUUCGCAGGUGGUGAUGCCAGUCCUGGGCGACUAUGAUGAGGUCGAGCAGAAGAUGCUCAUUGAAAAUUUCGCUCCCUUGCGAAGCACGAUUUAUCGCACGAAAAAACUGUUACAGUUACACAUUGUGUUGCAGUCCAAGCAAGACAGAGAAGCUCUGUCAUGCAGGAUAUGCGUAGGAGCCUCGUUUCAUAGCUGUUUUCCCGUAGGACUUCUGCAUUGCAAGUUUUCUUGCUCAUGCAAAGAAAUUUGUGUUGCUAAAUUGACAACAAAUGUGUAACUGUAACACUUUUUUCUCACGAUACGAUUCUACCCGAGGCCAUUAACAUGAUCAUCGAGCGGCUGAUAUCCUGAGUAAAAGCGUCCCCACACCAGAGUUGUAAUGCAGAUUUGCAAAGACAGGAAGACUUGUAAUGCGCAUCCCCAUGAGAGCCAUUUCCAGUCGUGUUUUGGAAUUUGUGAUGCUGUGAACAGGAUGAGCAGAUGAAUCUGUGACGCGGCUGCUCUUGCUAGCCUGCACUACACUGCAUAGUGCAACUUGUCAUGCGUGACUCCUAAAACUCCUAGGUUUGUGUUGCAAAAUCCUCAUCUUGACUCUGGUGUGGGUACGUUUUUACUCAGGAUAGCUGAUCCUGUGGGUAUCCGAAGUUGAGCGGGGAAACCAAGAUGCGACGCAGCAAGCCAAGGAGCUCACGGACUUGUUCAAACAAAUUCACAGCUCGCCCCUGCUUCCCUGGCUCAAAAUGGAAGCAAGCAUGGAACGAAAGGUAUAGGACUAUAUACAAAUCUGGAGAUAUUACGAAUAGCAAUGAUGUGUUUAUUGUCCCUCACUUGCAGCAUGCGCCACGUAAGACCAACGACAUCGCGAUCCAUGGAUGCGAUCUGCGAUCGAGUCCUGUUCUUCCUACUACGCCGUAUUUUCUGUUUCCAGUUCUUGAUGCUUUAUAAAAAAUGACUUGCACAGAUCAAGUUUCUGUACGCCCUGGGUAGCUGCGUGGUGCUAGCACACGCCGAGGACCCACCGGAAGGCCCGAUGUCCGGCGCAUCGCUGCUUGAAUGCCGACGAAUCCUGAAAAAGUCCACGGUAGUACAGACCUGGUGCCAGAGACUACUCACCCCCUUUUUCUCUGUGCCCCAGAGGAGCAACACCUUCGUGCUCGAGACGUGGAUCAAAGCGCGGAAGGAACGAAGUUACAAGCUGUGGAAAAUGGCGCUCGAGGCGGUGAUGCAGCAACCGACCGCUAAGGAGGAAUUCAAAAAGCACUGCCUGACGCUCUUCGACCCCGAGGACAGGGCGGCGCUAGAGUACCACCAGCCGUAUCAGCACAACUUGAACUCGUUGAAAAGCGCGGUGCGACUCUACGGCGGCGAGCGGAACAUCGUCUUUCAGAAGUUCAAAAUUAUUGCCGAAAAGUUUUGCAAAGACGAGCCGGUCGCGGGGUUUUACGACACGUAUUUGGCAGACCUCCCAAUCUAUUCCGUCGAACUCGCUGCCUUUGCCAGGCUGAUGAUGCAGGUAGGGAUUUUUGUCUAUUGCUUCAUAUAAUUCUGAUUCUCUCUUUUCCAUAUUAUGGAAAAUCGAAAAGAUUCAACUUGUGCAGCACUUUGAGGUGGGACGAGAGGCUGGCUCUCAAUUUUCUAUUUCCACAAAACAGGUAAUCGACCGAAGAUCGGAGCUGUUUCAGAUAAUAGAUGGCGAGUACCUGAUCCUGAAGAAUCCGGGAAAAGAGGCGCUUCAAAGAGACAUAUUAGCGCCGCGGAUAGCAGCCCGGCAGGCGCAGCAGUACCAAGUGCCACCGUGGAUUCUCGAGACGCUCGCGAGCAAAGGUCUCCCUGAGCAGGCUUUCCGAGGGAAGGAUAAGGGCACACAGAAAUUGAUUGUCCAGCAGAUUCUGAAACUAAAGGGAAAACCAGAAAAUUACCUCGAGAUGACGCAAGCACAGGGAGACGGAAAAGGACCGGUAACAUCAUCUUUGCAUAAUUCCUUCAUUUUUACAUGUUGAUCAGAUUGCAUUCUCCUCAUCCACAGGCACGCAAAGAGCAGCUCUCAAACGAAAAUAAGCGGGAGAAAAAAAAUCUUCUACAGGUCACGGCCGAGCAAGCCUUUGCGUUGCAAAUCCGCAAGUUCGUGAUGGACAUGAAGGGGAAAGGAAACCACAAGGGCGUAAUGGAGUUGAAGGGCAAGCUCGAAUCGAAAGGCAAGAAUCUGAUGCAAAUCCUGCAAGCCUCGGCCGCCCAGCCGCAGGCGGCACCCGCGCAACCCCCCGCAGCCGCCGCUCCUCCCGCCGCAGCAGCGCCGGCCGCAAGCCCACCAGGUUCUGCGCCAGCAUCUUCCCCCCCACAAGGCAGUCCUGCGCAACAGGCAUCGGCACAGCAGGGAGAGCAGACACAAGCUGAAAAGGACCAGGCCAGGAAAGUUCAGGUAGGAACAAUGAGUUGCGGUGUAUGAUUUAUCUUUUCUUUUGCAUGAACGAUCGUCAAGGAACGAACGGGAACGCUUUUCAAAUGGAGUCUCAUGUCAAAUGAAUACCAAAAAGAAAAAGCGAAAUUCAAAGUCCUUUGUUAACGAGGAGCAAAAAUGCCGAAUGUUUUCUUCAUUUACACCCCUACACAGGUCGUCCUCGCGCUCCGCAACAAGGGCAAAAGCAAGGAGGAGAUUACCGCGGUCCUUCCAACCGUCCUGGGAAACGAGAACAUCGUGAACAUGCUGCUUGCCAACGCAGCUGCUGCUGGCAAAGGCGGACAGCCCGGCGGAUCAUCCUCCAGCACCGACCCAAAGGCAGGAGGAGCCGCGGCCGCGCCGCAGGGCAGCCCGGCCGGGACAUCCAGUAUUCUAGCAGGAACGAAGUUCCAAAUGAACCUCUCCGCCAAGGACUCCUCUGUUUCGGAGGGCAAUGUGCCAACGCCGGCCACGAACGGUGCGGUGCCACCAAUAAACAAUCCGCUCGCGAGCCCACCGAUGAACGGCGCACUGAACAACAACGGGGCCACAAGUGCAGUGCAGCAGCCCGCGAACCCGUACAGCAGCUACGGCGCUAGCGGGAUGCAGGCCGCGGGGAGCACGGCGCAGCCCGUGAGUGGCGCGGCAAAGCUUUCUGCGCUGUCCUCAUCGGGGUCGUCUGGCGACUUGAACAACAAAAACAAACCAAGUCUGGGCGCGGUAUUCGAGCUUCCGGGCACAGAAAACGCGAAUGAUACGAAGAAAAGCAAAGCGUCAAAUUGGCCGUUCCAGCAACAAGAGAAGGAGAAAGGGAAUAACAAAAAGGCGGAUGGCGUGCUGGGGUUCAGAAGAAAAAGAAAAAUUCAGUGGGACAAUGCAGCUUUCUUGAGAGCAAUAGUCGCAGCGGGGCUACAGGUAGAAAAAGAUGUGUUUUCGGUCAAUUUUCGUAAGCAUGUUGAGCGCUUGAAAAUGAUGGAACUCCACGCCAAGUUCUUAUCCUCAAGAUUGCAUCGGAAAUUACUAACUACCUCACUCACAGGCGGGCGACCACAACUGGUCGCGCGAGUGGCACACCGCUUGCGCGGCUCACGAGGGGGGUGGCAUGAUGCCCACCAGUGUCCUCGAUGUCCCGGUGGCCAUGCUCCAAACCUUUGUCGAGCGGCACCUGUUCGAGGCCUACCGGGCCGGCUGGGCGGACGAGAUUCUCUACCUCGGCCCCUCGGAACCGGACGACGCGCCACCGCCAAAAAAAGUCCUCGAGAACUACGCGGUGAACGGGGCGGCCGGCGGCGGUCAGCAGCAGCGGGUGUUCCGCGAGGUCAGUGACGACGACGGCUCGGAAGACAGCAAGCCCGGCGGGCAGAAAAAGAAAAAGCUCCCGCCACUUUCCGUGCUGGGGCUGGGUGGUCCCUCGCCCGAAGAGCCGGCGGCGAACGAGCAAGGCGGAGACGCCGCGGCCGCCGCUGCCAUGAACAUUGCCUACACGCAGGGCACAAACUCUUCCGGAGGAGCGGUCCCGCACAGAAGAGGGAUCGGCAUUCCGGGGAAGGGGCUGGGGCAGACCGGUAUGAUGAUCACGUUAGGGAGGCCAGAGCCGACGGGAAACACAGCGCCAACGGCCGCAAAUGCGCAAAUCACGUACAUGGAGGGGGCGAAUCAGACCGGGUACUAACUACCGAAAAUUUCAGCUUUUUUGUAUGACAAUGAGAUAUUUUGUGAAAAAUGAACACACCAGGAAAUGGGAAAAUGAAUUCUGGUAGGCAACUUGGUCGAGUUAUUUGUUUCAUACGAACACAAUGUGCUUUUUCGUUUUUCGCCACAGGUUCACCGACGAGCAGCCCCCGUUCCCCGGCUCUGCGGAAGAGGCGAACCUGGUUGAGAAAAGGAGAAGGACCCUCACCAAGCUGCGGCACCGGCGGGAGAAGCGACAGCGUGAGGCUGACGCCCCCGAAGACGAGGCGACCGGGAAAAAGAAGAGGAAAAAGCGAAUACACUUGACGAUGUUGGGAUUCUCCGACCAGGACGACCAUCAGGACUCCAGUACGGACGAGGAGGAGCUCUUCGGCGACGGACCAACUUACCAUUGGAAAACAAGAAUUUGUUACAGCUUCGACCACGGGCGGUGCGAAAAGGGCAAGUACUGCCACUAUGCGCAUACGGAAAAGGAACUGAAAACACCGGGACAAGCGAGGCAGGAAUGGGAAGAAAAACUGAAGAAGAGAGGCGUCAUACCGCCGCCGCUUAUGCCGCAAGGAUGUACAGCAUUUCUUAUUUUUGCUUGUUGACUUCUGUACCUGCAGUCGACUUCUAGUUGUGUUUUUUUUUGAUUUUGCAAGCGCGAGCCCAUAAUUUGCCCUGCAACUGCAUCUUUUACACUUCCUUUGCGAAGUCACAAACUUACACACACACAGCCCUGUCUGGCGCUCCGACUGGCGAGGGGCUCGUGACAAUAGAGCAGGCUAUGCACGGCUACGUGGAUCAUUGGGGAAGAGAUGCCAAGGGUCACAAGGGCCACAAAGGAUUCUAUGGAAAAGGUGAGAUUUUGUUUGUAAAUUUGUGAUGCCGAGAUGGACAAAAAACAGCUCUGCAGCUUAUGUACGUUAACAUGUUGCAAUAUGGAUUCAAAAGCUCCUCCAAUCUCCUCCUACACUGCUCAUCCUCAUUCUAUCACAGACCACCACAAGGGAUACGGAAAGAUGGACCACAAGGGCUUUCAUCACCACGGCAAGAAGGGCCCAAUGCACCUCCCAGACCACAAGGGUAUGCAUCUGCCAUUCGGCAUGCAACCGCCAGAACAGGAUCUCGGCUCCGCCUUCGCCCCGCACGACCCCUCGGCGCCCCCCAUGAUGCCAGGUGGUCCACCCGGUGCCAUGGGGCCCCCGCUGCUAAAGGGCGGUCCGGGUGCUGCUAUGGGUCCACCCGGGGCUGCAGCUGCUGUAGCAGGAGGCGCACCGGCCGAGGGCGCAGCUGCACCGAAGAAGGAGAAAAAAGAGAAGAAGGAAAAGAAAGAGAAAAAAGAAAAGAAAGAGAAAAAGAAAAAACGCGACAUCGACGACGAGGACCUGUAGCGCUAUUGGCCGCUUUGUUAUUCUUUAUGUUUUUAUUGAAAUAAACGCGCAAGAGUCAUGAAGAGCUCCACCAGGAGAAUGUUCCAAAACCAAAAUAUCGAAACGUUCAUUUUUACACACGACUAAGUAGCUUUCCUAGUUCCAACUCGAAUCUAUGGUUUACAUUACGUCCAAAACGAAUACAGGAAAAUCCUCGAAGGUCGCGCCCAAACGACUUCGAGAAAGAUCCAUCAAGCGAAAACGUAUACUCGAAAUCUGCAAUUUGAGCACUUCAACUUCCUUUGUUGUUUGUCCUCAAAACAAAAACGCAUUUUCGAAGCGAAAGCGACUGCGACUAAUGUAUCGACUUCCCUUGUAGUUAUCAAAUGGAAAUGCAGCGGCGAAGGACCGCAGCGCGCAUAACACCAUUACGAUUACUUUGUAUUUUGUAUCACGAUGCGCCGGACGCGGACGCGGACCGAGCGUGGGGAAGCGGAAGCACGUGCCUUCAUCUUGAAUGAUCUGUGGCCUUCGUUAAUGCACCCGCAUCCAAGAUGGCGCUCGUUUCAGGGGCUUGGUCGUGAUUCGCUCUCCGUGUUGACCUGUUUCUGUCCUGCGGCGAGAUGCACAGCAGCAGAGUUAUGGAAAGAUCAAACAUUAACGCACACAAAACACGUAACAUACAAAGCGAAU